AAUUCUCCGGACCUUGUAUGCGAUGACAUCGCCGUCCUGCACGAUCGGGAUGCCGAAAAGAUCCUUCCGUACGAGGCCGACGACUCGCCCUUCCCAGAGGUGCGGGCUGUCAUUCAGCCUGUCAAUGACUUGACAUUGCCGGUCAAUACCGUCCGCAUGUGGACCAUUGGCCUCGUAUUCACUAUUAUCGGCAGUGGGCUGAAUCAAUUUUUCAGCUUGCGACAGCCUAGUGUGACUAUCAGCGCUUUAGUUGCCCAGCUGUUGGCCUUUCCUGUGGGAUGCGCCUGGGCGAAAUGGAUCCCCCUUGGAAUGCUGAACCCGGAUCGGCACUUCAAUAUCAAGGAACAUGCCUUGAUCACCAUUAUGGCCAAUGUUUCUAUUGGCUCUGCAGCUGCAACUCAAGUCAUUGAAGCAUUGGUGAAAUUUUAUAAUAUGCCGUCGCAGGGGGGCUUUGAAGUAUUGCUGUGUAUCACUACGCAAAUGUUCGGCUUCGGCUUGGCCGGCAUGGCCUCGCGCUGGCUUGUCGGACCAGCAUCAAUGCUUUGGCCGCAGGUUCUGUCAAAUGCUGCAUUGCUAACUACUUUACACUCUCGUGUUAAUACCGUCGCAGAUGGCUGGCGGAUCACACGUCUCCGCUUCUUCCUCUAUAUUUUCAUCGGUGGUGGCGUCUGGUAUUUCGCACCAGGCUAUCUCUUCACGGGUCUCAGCACCUUCAACUUUAUUUGUUGGAUUGUACCCACUAACGUGGUGGUCAAUCAGCUCUUUGGGCAAACGACAGGACUGGGCAUGUCAAUGUUGACUUUUGACUGGGCCCAAGUAGUAUACGCCAACCAAAGUCCUCUACUGGUUCCUUUUUGGGCUGGUCUCAAUGUCAUGGGAUCAUUUGCGCUCUUUUUCUGGCUUGUCUGUCCCCUUGUCUACUAUACUAACACCUGGUAUUCUGCGUAUCUGCCCCUCCUCAAUUCCAACACUUUCGACAACACUGGAAGCACCUACAACACGAGCCGCAUCAUGAACACAGCCGGCCAAGUCAACCCAUCUGCCUAUCGAGACUACUCGCCCAUGUUCUUACCGGCUGGAUACGCAAUCACUUUUGGUGUUGCCUUUGCUAAUCUGACUGGUAUCUUCUUCCACGUUGGAUUGUACCAUGGCAAAGAGCUGUGGCAGCAAUGGCAGGGUACGAGCAAGCAAGAUGUCCAUGGUCGGCUAAUGUCUGUCUAUCGUCAUGUGCCUUGGUGGUGGUUUGUCGCAAUUACAGUCCUAAUGUUUGCACUGAGCGUUGUAACCAACGAGGUAUGGCACACUGGGCUGCCGGCUUGGGGUGUGGUAGUAGCUUUUUUGAUGCCCAUGCUCUACAUAAUCCCAGUGGGCAUCAUUAAAGCUCUGACAAAUAUCAGCAGUAAUCAGCUAAACUUACUCACCGAGUUCAUUGGUGGAUAUGCCUUUCUCGGGCGGCCAGUGGCCAACAUGGCGUUCAAAUUCUAUGGCUAUGUCGCUGUCCAGCAAGGACUAGAAUUCGUUGCAGAUAUGAAACUGGCUCACUAUAUGCACAUCGCACCACGGACCCUGUUUGUUGCUCAGGGUCUUGCCACGCUGAUUGGGGCUAUCGUUCAGUGCGGAGUGACGGUGUUCAUGAUCACCCAAAUCAAAGGUGUCUGUACAUCUGAUGCAGAGGGAAGUUUCACAUGUCCCCAUGGGAGAGUCACAUAUUCUUCUUCGCUUAUCUGGGGAGCUAUUGGCCCAGGUCGACUGUUCUCUUCCGGGCAGAUCUAUAGCAACUUACUGUGGUUUUUCCUCGUCGGCCCUGCCGCAGUGGUAAUCACCUACGUACUAGGUCGUCGGUGGAAAUCCGUCAACUAUAUCUCCUGGCCCGUGGCGUUUGGCGCAAUGAGCCAGGUUCCACCGGCUACAGGUAUCAGCUUCUCCUCCUGGUGGAUUGUCAACCUAAUAUUCAACGGUCUACUGCGUCGCCGCAACCCUGCGUGGUGGUCAAAAUAUAAUUAUGUUUUGUCUGCCGCGCUAGAUUGCGGUGUUGCAGUAGCAACGGUGAUCAUAUUCUUCUGUAUCACUCUUCCUGCUGGUUCAUUGAGCUGGUGGGGCAACACUGUGUCGACAAAUACAGCGGAUGGACAAGGCACUCCUUACAAGAACCUGCCGGCGCAAGGCUACUUUGGGCCUCCGAGGGGAUCGUGGAACUGA